GUUGGCGUGAAAGGAUUCAAUUGGAAUCGAACAUCAAAAUGAAGCAUCAGCAAGUUGUUGUGGACUAUUGGACCAUGUUGAAGACGUCUGCACUCUGCAUAUUAUUGGCCAUAACGGGCUAUAUAUUCCUCAGAAUGGUGCAAACGAUAUUUUGGCUGCCCAAGCGUUUCAAGCAGAACCAGGAGCGACUGGAAGCCAUAGCCAAGCAAUAUGGCAAGGACAUGGAUCCGGAGGAGCGUGCCGAAAUUGAAAAGAUCUUCGACAGCAACGAGCCCCUAACAGAGGAGCAGAUAAAUAAGCUGCUGGAUGGCUCGAGGCCCGCAGACGCAGAGCCCAAGAAGCAACAGUAGUUACUGACUAUAAAGUUAGCACUAAUACUAAUAAUAAUUAAGUAUAUCAUAAAAAAAGAGUUUGAUUUGUUUU